AUGAAGACACUCAGCCAGUGCCUCAAGCUUCGCCCCGUGGUCGAGGCGCCCAAGAACGCCCCAGCAACCACGGGUGUUCCGUUCAAUGCGCUGCUACUCGCCAAUCCACGCUUCGCACUCACCCUCGAUGAGCUCCGCACUGCUGUUGCAUCCGAUCCGGCAACCGCGCAGAUCGCGGGGUGGAAAAUAGAGUUUCUCCCUAGUGAGGAGAUCGUGGUACGCGCGAGUCUCGCAGAUGGCGUCGACGAGGCAACCCUGCUGCGCCUCAAGCCUGCACUUAUCAAGGUGGUGCUCGAGAAGAAGCUGGCGGGAGCUGUCGCGCUCUGCGCUGUGGAUGCGAGCUUGAAUGUUUCACGGAGAGAGGACACCGGCUCUGCGGGAGGGUGGAGCCAGGUUGUCAAGGGUGCGCCUGUGAAGAAGAGAGUCAUCGACGAGUGGGCUGCCAGUGGCAAGAAUUCGUUUACGGUUCUUGGGAGCAAAGCGGCGGGGAAGAAGAAGGAGAAGUGGAAUGUAAAGGAGAGAGAGAGGCAGGAGAGCGUUGUGGAGAAUUGGGAGGAUGCGGUUGGAGCGUGGGAGGAGAGUGCCGAGGGGGCAACGGCUGCGGCGGUUGCUGGUGAAGUCGAUGAAAGUGAGUGUGAGUGUAGCAGAAGAAGUGCCGGCACCAGCCUGUGA